AUAAAGCAAGGGAAGAGAAGUGACCGACUUAUUCUCCAUUUCACUCCGAUCUCCAAAUCCGAAGCCCUGUCAUCAAAAUUAUUAAAACCCUAACAAAAGGAAAAAAGCAAAAGCAAAAGCGAAAAAGCAAAAUGGCAACUCCAGACGAAAGUCCUUCUGCUAAGAGAUGGCUUCCUCUCGAAGCUAACCCCGAUGUCAUGAACCAGUUUCUUUGGGGCCUGGGUCUUCCAGCUGAUGAGGCAGAGUGCUGCGAUGUUUACGGCUUGGAGGAUGAACUCUUAGCUAUGGUCCCACAACCUGUUCUUGCUGUGCUUUUUCUUUUUCCAAUAACUUCUCAGACUGAAGAACAGAGAUUGCAGCAGGAAAAUGAGAAGAAGGAUGCUAGCAACAAAGUUUAUUUCAUGAAACAAACCGUGGGAAAUGCUUGUGGAACAAUUGGGCUUCUUCAUUCUGUUGGAAAUAUCACUUCAGAAAUCAAGCUUCAAGAGGGAUCAUUUUUAGAUAGGUUUUUCAAAUCUACUGCAAGCAUGGAUGCAUUGGAGCGUGCAGCAUUUCUUGAGAAAGACAGAGAAAUGGAAGUGGCUCACUCAGUUGCAGCUACAGCUGGUGAAACAGAGGCUUCAGACAAUGUGGACACUCACUUUAUCUGCUUCACUUGUGUUGAUGGGGAACUUUAUGAGCUUGAUGGAAGGAAGUCAGGACCAAUAUCUCAUGGUGCUUCCUCACCAAGUAGCUUAUUGCAGGAUGCGGCCAAAGUCAUACGGGGCAUGAUCCAGAAAAAUCCUGAGUCACUCAACUUCAAUGUUAUUGCACUUUCUAAGAAAGUGGGGGUUGGAUUUUAAGGUGGCAAGUAUUGGCAUCAAUUUCCUUCAAACUGAUUGGAUUUAAAUGUUCAAUCAACUUGACAUAGUAAAGCAUAUCGCUCUAUAUACCUUUCUUCAUUUGCAUGUGGGCAACUUAGCUUAAACAGAUGGACCUUUUACCGGGCAGCAAACAACCCUAUUUGAUGAUUGGUUGUAGAACUCUGCCUGCCAAGAAGCUUGUUGUAUGUGGUUGAUGAUUCGGUUUUGCUAGCUACAGUACGACUUGCUGACACAAAUUUUAAUUUCAGUGUGUAUACUUGUCUUCAUGCUU